UGUGCCAAACACGACGAUGGAUCGAUCGAUGGCUCGGCGCCGGCGCGGCACCUCGUUCACGGCGAGCUGGCAGCUGGGACUCGCCGUGGUGGUCGCGGCGAUCAUGGCGUCCUCGGCGCAGCCGCAGCAGCAGCAGCAGCAGCCUCCGCAGCCGCCCGGUCAGCCGGCGAACGCGCCGAGCUGCCCGCCGGUGCAGGCCUCGCUGUCGCCGUGCGUCAGCUACUUCAUCGGCAACUCGUCGACGCCGUCGGACGCGUGCUGCGAGCAGAUGCGGGCCAUGUUCCAGUCGCAGGCGCCCUGCCUCUGCGCCGCCGUGGCGUCGGCGCCGUCCCCGCUCGCGCCGGUGCUCGGCGGGGUGCAGUCGCUGCUCCCAACCGCCUGCAACCUGCCUCCCAAUGCCUGCGCAGAUGCGACAGGGUCGACGUCGGGCUCUGCUCCGGCCGGCGGCUCGUCGGCGACGCCGUCCACGGGGGCAACUGCCGCCGCGCCGGCCAUGGAGCCCGCUGGCAUGGACCCGGCGAUGACUGCAGGUGGUGGAUCCAAGUCAGUGCCGGGUAUGCCGUACUCGGCGGCCGCCGGAGUCCAUGGUGGUGGCGCCUCUGCUGCCGUCGCCGUCUUGAUCUCCUCCAUGCUUGCUUAUGCUUGUAUGAUCUGAGAUGCAUGGCUGGUCUUAUAUACACACGUCCAUUGUGAUUUGUGAUCGUGAUGGUAUAUGCACAUCAGCACAUGUGCAUCGUUAUUAGCUUGCUUUUCAGGUUAGAAGACUUUGAGUUAAUAUGCCAUUUGCGGAUGUAAUUAAUUUGUAACAACAUUGUUAUGGAGUAUUUCGACAUAAUAAGAUAGUAGUUAUAUCCGUGAUGACGAAAAAUUAA